AAACUCUGGUAAUAUAACCAUAUAAUCUUUACGUAAGAUCUCCAAAAAGGAAAAAACCGCUAAAUCGUUACGUGGAAAUUUUUUUUUCAAUUAAUAGAGUUUUAACAGAACUUAGGACAGCGUUAAAAGGAAAUCAACGCAAAUCCUCGCGAAGUUUUAAUUCAUCGAUAUAAGGAGAACUGCUUUAGAAGGUACAACAUUACAAUAAAAAUGUCUUUUUUAGGGGCAACACUGGCACGAUGCUGUCAAAUGACAUUUGGAGUGUCGCAGCCGGUCGCCAUUUUGGCCAGAAAACCAGCUUCGUCGCUAGCUGCAAUUAAAACGAGUCAGUUUCAAUUCAGAUUUCUCAGUGUACGCAAUUUAUCAAGUAAAGGAAAAAUGGGCUUACCUCGUGUGUUCUUCGACAUGACCGCUGACGGUCAACCCUUGGGACGCAUUGUCAUGGAACUGCGCCCAGAUGUUGUUCCAAAGACGGUGGAAAACUUUCGAGCAUUAUGCACUGGAGAGAAAGGUUAUGGUUAUAAGGGAUCAAGUUUUCAUCGUAUUAUACCAGAAUUUAUGUGCCAAGGUGGUGACUUUACGGCACACAAUGGCACUGGGGGUAAAUCGAUAUAUGGCAGUAAAUUUGACGAUGAAAAUUUUAUCCUCAAGCAUACCGGUCCCGGUAUAUUGUCAAUGGCUAAUGCGGGUCCGAACACAAAUGGCUCACAAUUUUUCAUAUGUACGGUAAAAACAGCUUGGUUGGAUGACCGUCAUGUCGUCUUUGGAAAAGUUAUAGAAGGUAUUGAUGUGGUUAAGAAAAUGGAACAAAUGGGCAAUCAAUCAGGAAAGACAACAAAGAAAAUUAUUAUUAACGAUUGUGGUCAAUUGCAGUAGAACAACACACAAGUGUACAUUUUCAAAUGAAUGUAUUGCAUGCUAAAAGCCUUUUUAAUAUUUAAUGAUUCAUACAAUAAAAUAAAAAAAUCUAUAUACAUAUAUACAUAUAUAUAUAUGGUGGUGAUUGGUGUACAUGAUGCAAAAGUAUGUGUUUCCUGAAAUUGAAAUUCGUGUAUAUAUAAAUAUAUAAAAUUCUGUGUGGGUUUGCGUGUACGUGUAUGCAUGUGUGCUACAAUUUUGAAUUGAGGUGCAAAGUAUGUGUAAUAAUAAUAUACUUUUUUAACACUGGUUCAAUAAAA